AUGAGCUGCAGUGUCCCCAAAAGUGAGUCCACAGGCUGGGCAGGCAAUUCAGUGCUGAAGCGAGUGAAGCCAAACAAGGAGCCCAAUGGUUGCAGGGUAACAACGACUCCCAAACCUGGCGGCACAGGACCCACAACUCCCGACAAUGUAUGUUUGUGGGUGAAAGGUUACCUGUUACGCGUGCGCAGUACUGUCAGUGUGGCCGCAAAAAUGGCGGCGUGCAGUGGAAGACUGAGUGGCUUGUUGCGGCGAUGUCGUGGAUGUACGGUGAUGCAGACUGUGCCCAUUGCUGGCAGGACGGCAUUUCUGGUGCGAUUUUUCUGCAGCAGCAACUCUUUGCAGAAGAAGAGUAUGGCUGCUACAUUCCAUGAGAAUUAUUCCGAAGAAUUUAUAAAGCAGCAAAUUGAAGAGUUCAAUAUUGGAAAGAGACAUCUAGCUAACAUGAUGGGGGAAGAUCCAGAAACAAUCAAACAAGAUGAUAUUGACAGAGCGAUCAAAUACCUCUUCCCAUCUGGUUUAUUUGAAAAGAAGGCUAGGCCUGUCAUGAAGCAUCCUUUGGAGAUCUUUCCCAAACAGAGAGCUGUCCAGUGGGGAGAAGAUGGUCGUCCUUUCAAUUUCCUGUUUUACACAGGAAAGCAAUCAUACUAUUCACUUAUGCACGAUACUUAUGAACAAUUCCUAAAUAUCCAAAUGUAUGAAGAUAAAUUGAGGGCAAAAGGUCUCUUCUUUCAGGAUACCAAACCAAUAAACUUAGUUGGAAGCAGAUGGUUGACAAAGGAAGAGCUGGCAGAGAUAUUGCUUGAACAAAUUUCUGACCACGAUUACAUACACUUUCUUCAGUUACUGGAGCGUAUGCUGACCUUGCCAUAUUGCAGUAUCAAGGAAGAAUAUGUGUUGAAAUUUCGCAGAAAGGUGGAAGAUCAGUCCAAGAAACAGAAAGUUGAAGCUUUACAGUUUGAUGAGAAUGGAAUAGCUUUCAGCAAAGGAGAAGGUCGAAGAAAAACAGCAAAAGCAGUAGUUAUAGUUCGAGACCAAGGAAGCGGCAAAAUAACAGUGAAUGGGAUGGAUUACUUGCAGUAUUUUCCAUCACUACAAGAAAGAGAACAGCUGAUGUUCCCUUUCCAGUACCUGGACCGAUUAGGGAUGCAUGAUAUGGACUGCACAGUACACGCAGGUGGGGUAUCCUCACAAGCAGGAGCUAUUCGUUUGGCUACGUCAAGGGCUCUUCUUAGUUUCGUCACAGAGAAAGAAAUGGAAUCAAUGAGGCAAGCUGGCUUGUUGACUCCUGAUCCUCGUGUGAGAGAGCGGAAGAAGCCUGGUCAGGAGGGAGCGCGCAGGAAGUUCACUUGGAAGAAACGUUAAUCAGUGGCUUUUCCUGUGAAGCAACCCUGAGGUGGUUUGAAAUCAGAAGCAGAACCUCCACAAGACCUGUAGUUUGGACACCUGCUCGAACAGAUUUGAGGAGUUGCAAGAUCGUUAUUGUCUCAGAUCUCAAUUUCCUGCCUUUGAGAACAAAACUUAUGCGGUUCUAUUUAUCUUGAAAUGAGUCCUUUCAUCAUUUUAAAAAAUGAAUAUCUUUAUUAUUGGCUGUAAAAAAAGAGAAAGAUUUUUUUGCACUGAGAACUCUUGCAAUUAAUUCACAGUAUCACAUGUUGUUAACAAUGUGUGUUUUAUGAUGCAUUUUCCUUAUUGGCCUACAUGUUUUGGGUAGAGAAUAGAUAGUGAAUCCACUGUGCCAAUGACAGUUGAAAAUCAUCUCAUUGUAAUUAUUUGAUGAACAUUGUACUCAAUCCACAUACCACCUCUUUAUCCAUUUCCUCCCAAUGGAAUGAUUAAGUAAAAUCUCAAUGACAUCUAAUUCCUUAAAUGUUUUCAUCCAGAGCCUGGAUCUCAUUUUGCUAGUGGAUCUAAUAAAGUUCUGUUUUUUCUUAGUUCCAUUAUUUGCAUCAGUGCUUUAACAUUAUUUAGUUUGCUUGAGAGGAGAAUUUGGUUUGACGAAGUAUCUUGAUUCUGCUCAUCUCGUUUUUUUCUGUGCUAUAUUAUAAUAUUUUAAUAAAGCAAUUGAUUUUGUUAAAAAAAC